CUACACAUUGGCCAACCAAAGUAGGACCAAAGAAAAAAUUCCUAUAUGACUGAUUGCAUACCUUAGUUGAAAGUUGAAACUCAAACUAAUCAAUCAGUCCAACAAAAUCCAAAUCCCAAAUACCCUUUUCUUCCUUUUUUUUUCUUCUUGUAGAAAUGCAUUUGAAUUGAUUAGAAGAGGAAGAUCAACGAAAGGGAAAUUGAAGGAAAGUUAAUCAAGAACAAGAAGAAGAAAUUGAAUAUUAUGGCUUGCUUUUUUCCAUUUAAUAGCAGAAAUUUGGAUGCAAGUUUUUUCAUAUUCAGGCCAACAAUAGUGAUUGUAGAUGAUCUUGUGGAAGCUCUCAAGAAUUUCUCUUUUUGUACAGAAAGUCUUGGCUGUGUUCAUAGUGCCAUUUUUAGAAGUAUUCAUGGCAAUAUGAUGAUAUGGUAUGGAGCAUGGAUAAAGAGAUCUGGUGAAAAUAAGGACUUACUUGAUGCAGCUCUUCUCUCAAUGCUAACAAAUGUAUCAAGCAUGGCAAUCCUAAUGGAACAUGGCUUCUAUGAUGCAUAUGCUGGAGAAACAAAGGAUCAUUCCCCCGCCGCGAAGUUCUACACUGGGGAUAUAGUUUCCAUGAACUCCGCGGCCUCUUGUUCACAUCAACAUGACAUGCCAAUCGAACAUUUUUCCUACGCGUGCUUAGCCAUAUUCAAGGACCGGUUCAACAAGAUGGAUGGCGCGGUUGCUGGAGUUUGUUUAAAAUGUCAAACCAUACCCAAAGUUGCUGCCAUUUUUGUGUGGAAAUCGUUGCAAUGCUGCUAUAACUACAUCCUGAAUCAAGAUUCUAGGAGUGUUCUUCCUUAUUUUGAUGGAUUUUCACUUGAUUUGAAGUAUGAUGUGUUUAGGGUUGUUUAUGUAAGUGGAGAUGGUGCCUUAAACUUUCACUUUUACCCUCCACAUAAGAUGUUGGAGGGUAAAGAAGGGCUGUAUAAUGUUACUCAAGACCUGAAUAGAGUUGCUGAAUAGAAACUUAAACUAAGGGUUGUGUUAUAAGUACUACUAUGUGUGCUAUUUAGUUUAGUUUUGGACAUAUACAGACAUGUGGAUAUGCCUUCAAUUUUGGUAUGUAAUCGAUUGAGUAUAUUAUGAAAUGAUUCAUGCAGUGAGAAAAAUGUUAUUUUGCU